CCAAAGCGAGAGAGAGGAGGGGGAUUUCCAGCUCGAGCCCCCACUUCCCGAGCCAGCCGUUGUUUUGCUUUCGGUCUGGGCGCAGAAACAGAAAUAAACGACUACCACGCUUUCCUUUUUCUAAAAAAAAAAAAAAAAAAAAGACAAAUACCUUGUCCAACUUCAGCUGCGUUUGUUGUUCCGACAGCAGGACCGUGAGGCUACAGGCCGUCCAAACUGAACAGGACAACAAUGCCAGUAGAGAGAAUGAGGAUGAGGCCAUGGCUCGAGGAACAGAUCGACUCCUGUCAGAUACCAGGACUCAAAUGGGUUAACAAAGAAAAGAGAAUCUUCCAGAUCCCGUGGAUGCAUGCAGCACGUCAUGGCUGGGACCUGGAGAAAGAUGCUCCGCUCUUCAUGAGAUGGGCCAUACAUACUGGCAAAUACCAGGCAGGCAUUGACCGUCCGGACCCAAAGACGUGGAAGGCUAAUUUCCGCUGUGCCAUGAACAGCCUGCCAGACAUCGAGGAGGUGAAGGAUAAAAGCAACAAAAAGGGAACAAAUGCCUUCAGAGUUUACAAGAUGCUCUCCUCCUCUGAGAGAAACAUGAAGAAAGGAAAGAAGAAGACAGACAAGGAGGGGAGGCCCAAGGGAAAUAAAGAGGUAGCUUCUCCAUCUCCAGUCACUCAUGUUGGACCUAUUGACUACACCAAACAGGAAAUGAUCAAACACGAAGGGAUCAAGCAGGAAGCACUAGAGAUGACAGUGUCGGGCAGUGGCUCAGCCAUUCACAGCUCAGUAGAAGACCACGUGAUCACCAGCGAGCAGCUGCCGUUCGUCUGUCAGACGAUCGAAGUGACCACUGAGAACGAAGAGCAGACUGUUAGCUCCUCCCACUCGUACCCGCUCCAAAUCUCUCCUGUGUCCUCAUGCUGCGGCAGCGACACAGACAGUGACACAGAGGACACCAAAGAGGGUGUCAGUGCAGUCUGGAGGCGGGACUACAACCCGUCCGUUCUCAGGAUUCCCACGUGUCCUCUCCCCGGCAUGGCCACCUUCGUCACUGCGGCCAAGCCCAACUUCAGGGUGACCAGCACGCGGGACCCGGUGCCGCUCAUCAGCUACCACACCGACGGCUGGACGCCCGCCUACGGCCACAACUCUCUGGUGUCUACGGCAACCAGCCACACCCACGAGAUGCGCGCAAGUGUCAUUAUGAAAACCUCGGAUGUGACUACCUCCUGACCUCUAACCCCAGAUCAGGGAGUACCACCACUGCUUCCAGGACAUAGGAUCGACGGAGAGAGAAAGUUUGUUUUUUCCUUCCAUCAGCGCUGCAUGGGGCCUAAACAGGGCGAGCAUCAAAACCUUUGAUUUUAUUUUGUAGCUUCUGUCUGGGCGAUGAAUUCUCUGUUUUCCUCUUAGUCGGGGGAAACUGCUGACUGGUGGACUUAAUUUGCCAGGGCUUGACAUGCCCACUGAUUGGUGAGCACUUAUGCCAAAUUAAUUAUUUGUAAAAAAAAAAAGAAGAAAGAAUGGAUGCGAGGGUCCGUGUGUGUCAUCAUCUUCCCAUGAUUGCGAGGGUUCGGGAACCAUCCGUCUGCAGCUUAGAAUUAAUGACCACGUGGACACUAGAGACCGACCAAUAAAUGAUUUUUAUGGCCGACAAUGAUACAAAUAUUUGGUGAUUUAAAAAUCCGAUAUUCCGAUAUAUCGGCCGAUUAUAUAUUUAAAAAAAAAAAAAGA